GGUGAGCGGGUCUCUGCGGGGGCCCUUAUUCACGACGGCCGGCCUCUCCGGGCAGAGCCCUCAAAGUAGACGCUUCUGCGACCAUCCUGCGCCGCGGAUUCCACUCCCGUCGAUGGGCACCGACCAAAGGCAUGGGAAGCUCAAGGCCAAGAUGGACACAGAUUUUAUCCGCCAGCUUGGUCCAGCCAUGUACACCGACAUUCUCAACAGGGAGCGUUUACGUUAUCCAGUGUCGGAGAGAAAGAAGCUGGUGGUUGCAGAUCAGGGUAAGCAGCGCCCGAAGGCUCUUCAGAAGCGUGCUAGAGAUUUAGCAGAUGGGCUGUUAGAGUACAUUUGUUCGGAGAAUGAGAACUACAAAUACGUCUUAAUUGCCACCGGAGAGAAUGCCAAUAUGCUUACAAAGGAGGGUUUUAUAUCUUCUUAUGCCCGAGAUGAAAUAUUGGGUGGUCUUGAAAGGAUUAAAAAAGACAUUGAAGAUGGAAGAUUUCAGUGGAGAAACAAUACAGAUCUAAGGACUAAUAUUAUCGAUAAACUAAUUGAUAUAGUUGGAAGACCGGCCAAGAGGCUGGAUAUAGCGAUUAGUCAUUAUGUUCAACUGCUAAGAGUCCUCCAGUUAUGGUGCCAUGAUUCCAUUGAUGAAGUUAUUUCUCAAAUUAAAGAACUCCAGAUUGAGCUUAUUUUGCUAGCAAUCAGAAAUGGGGGAUUGGUCCUCCCUUCCAUAUGGAGGCGUGCAAACUGGAUUCUACUUGGUGAUGUGGUCUUAUCACAACUUGAGCAGCUUGACAUGGGUGUCUCUCAGCUUGUUAGUUGCAAAAACAAGAUGGACUCUACACUAGAAACAACUUUUCCUUCAAACAGCACAUACGGUUCUAUGAACAGCUUAUGCAAGGAUCCAUAUCACAUACACAAUUCCGUUGUGGAUUUUGGAAAUUUGAUCGUCGGGGAUAUUUCCCGCGAUGUUUCAAAUCUUCGAUUGGAGCUGAGUUCAUGGAUGGAGUUGCACUUGUUGACACCAAAUGAUAAAGUGAUUGAAAGUGUCUCUCUUAUGGAAAAGCAAAUGCUCGAUCUAGAUAAUUGGACAGCCAUACGGAGUCCUUACUCUAUCUACAAUCCUGUUGAGGAUAGCAGCAGCCGACUUUUGGUAUUAUGUAGAAAUGUUUUAGAAAUACUUAAGGCAGCAAAAGAAUUUUCAAAAGAAGCAUCUUUUGAUCAUGAAAAGGCCCGAACCUUCCUUGCACCUAGAUGUAAUUUUGGUGCUUCGAAACUUGCGGAAUUCCAUGCAACUAAGGAUCUAGUGGGUCAGAAGGGAUAUCGAGGAGGCAGUGCUAUCGAGAAGCAAAAUUUCAAAUGUCAUAGUGAUGAUACAAUGAGAAAAUUGCUGGCUUGGUCUCGACGCCUUCAGUACGAGCAAAAUUAAUAAUUUUGACCUUUACCUGAACCAAAAAAAACUAGACAUGAAUAUUAUUUCUUUAGGAAAUCAAGGGACCGUCCUUGUGGCCCUGUAUCAUGUGAUGUACAUGACAAUUUAGCAACAAUUGGUUUAUUAU